AUGUUCACACAGAAGGUGACCAGGGGUAGCACCCUCCUCCUGCAACGCGGCGCUGGCGCUGGCCUGCGCCCCGCUGCGAUGACCAGCUUGCAGAAUCAACUUCGUCGACUUUGUUUGUCCAGCACUAGCAACCCGCGCCCGCAGCUCCAGUCUCCCCUGGCAGUUCAAUUCCUCACACGUUCCAAUUCCUCUGCGGCCACAGCGACGGAGAAGCCCAAGGCCUCCGACUCUAAGAAAGCUUCCGCAAAGUCCAAGACAAAGAAGAAGAAGAAGCCUUUGACAGAGUUGCAACAGAAGGCCAAGGAAAGCAAGGCUCACAGAGCGCGCCUCCAGAACCUCAAAACCGUGGCAUUGACGCCGCCCAAGGUUCUUCCUGAUAUUUUCUACACACUCGCCAUGCAGGUCAAGGCCCCCGAGGUGGCAGCGGAGCGGGACCCAAAGACUCGUUUCCAGAAACUUUCUGAGAUAGUGGACAACUUGGGCAGCUAUGAGAAACAGCAAAUCACCGAACAGGCCGCGCAAAACCGCAUCACCAACAAGACCGCUUAUGAAGAAUUCAUCAAGUCGCACACUCCUCUUGAAAUCUUGAAGGCCAACAUGGCGCGCAAGACAAUCAGCCAACUGGGAAAUGACCGCCGCAGACUUUUGAAAGAUGAUCGCCAGCUCAAAAGGCCGAUGAAUGCUUACCUGAAGUACGUCCAGAGCCAGUUUGAGGCCAAUGACUUCCCAUCGCACGUCACCACAAGACCCGAACAAGUCAGGUAUAUUGCCGAGCAGUGGAAAUCGCUCCCGUCCUCGAAGAAAGAUGAGUUGGAGAAGGAGUAUGCUGUGGUCCGAGAAGAAUACUUCCGAGAGUAUGAGCGGGUCUAUGGCGUCCCUUGUCCUGCUGUGGUUCGUCAAGGCAACGCCAAAUCCACCUCGUAG